GCCUGUGGUCAGAUGUACGAAACUUCGGAACCGUUUCAUUUUUGUCUGGUCGAGACGUUACCUAGUCUUGUCUGUUGUUUGUAACGAGGUGUAUUGAUAAAUGUCUGCAAAGAAAGGAAUUCUAGAGCGUCUUGAUGCUGGUGAAGUCAUCAUUGGUGAUGGUGGAUUUACUUAUGGACUUGAAAGACGUGGUUACGUCAAGGCAGGGCAAUGGACACCAGAAUGUGUCGUUGAGAAUCCGGAAGCAGUUCGUCAGCUUCACCGUGACUUCCUCCGUGCUGGCGCUGACGUCAUGCAGGCUUUCACAUUCUCCAUGCAGGAUGACCCUAUAGAGAUUGAUGGCCGACAAAUAACGUGGGAUGAGAUCAAUGAGGCAGCCUGUAAACUAGCAGUCGAUGUGGCUAAAGAUAACCCUUAUGCAGUGUCAUCGGGCUCCCUGUGUGAAACGGGCCUGGUGUUUCAGAGUGGUAAAGCAUCAAAAACUGAAAUUCAGCAGAAAUUUCGACAGCAAGUUGAUAUCUUUGUGAAGCAUGGUGUGGAUUUACUGAUUGCAGAGUAUAUAUCCCACGUCCAAGAAGCAGAAUGGAUGUUGGAGGUCAUGAAGGACAGUGGUAUYCCUGCUGCUGUUACCMURGCGAUAAGUAGUCAAGGUGACAGACAUGGYAUAUUACCCGCUGAGUGUGCAAUAAGGCUAGCUCGAGCAGCUGGCUCCAGAACGAGGUCGUUUCCCUAUCGCAAGUGCUAAAAGUUCUCCUUGGGGGGARGCUCUGAAGAGCCACUCUGAGCCACAAAUGAGAGCAAAAGCUAAUCGUGAAUUCUGGGAAAAUCUCCAACCUGCUUCUGGUCGRCCUUACGCGCCUUCGUAUUCAAUGGCUUCAGAUAGUUGGAAGACAAAAACGAACUACUAAACUGAACAUAGUCCUUCAAAUUGUUGAUUCUUCGUAAUAAACUAAUUUUUGCAUUCAAAAUGCUGUUUKACUUUUUUAUGGAAAUUUGACACCGCCAAAUAUUUGUGAAAUCGAAAAAAAGUCUUUUUCACACAACGCAUUUUAGCGGAGGUGUUUUUGCAAUAAAUAUUACAAAAACCGAAA